AUGUUGUUGUGUUAUAAGAACUUUGUUGCCAUAUUAUUAUGGUUACAUAUACAUUUACGAUUUGCUACAGCAGCCUAUGCACCAGCUGCAUGUUCAGUUCCAAGCAACGGUACCAUCGGGGCCACUGUUAGAUUUUUUCAGUACCGUAUUCACGAUAAAAGCAGUUAUCAACAAAAAAACUUUUUACUGGGUGGUUAUUUAAAAAAUAAAUACGUAGGUACAAUUACAGGCGUUACAAAUCUAACAUGGUAUUCAGGUAAUGACUGGACCAUUCCUCCAUAUGGUUACACAGGUGUUCCUAUAAGUAACUUCAUGAUGGAAAUUACUGGUUAUUAUAAAGCUCCACUAACCGGUAUUUACACUCUAAACGCUAAAGUGGACGAUUCUGUUACAGUUUUCAUAGGUUCUGGUGAAGCAUUUGAGUGUGGUAAACAACAUGUAGAUUUUGUCUCUCCUCAAUAUCUUUUUACACUUACUGGUAGUGUAACAUAUGGUAUGGAUACAGAAGUACAAACUAUAUAUAUGGAAGAAGGCACAUAUUAUCCAUUUAAACUUCUAUAUAUCAACCAGAAUCAGCAAGGGUUAUUAGAUAUUUCAAUAAAUUUGCCAGACGGUACUAUAGAUAAAGGUAUUGGUAGUAAUCUAUACAGUAUUCCCGAUGAAAGCUUCACUAACACUUCAGAUAUUUCCUUCACGUAUAGUGGAUCUACAGCAUACACAACAACAACCUCUACAAUCACAAACACAGUGCGUGGUUUGAAUGCAACCACAACUACUCAAACAACCACCAUUACGACGAUGCUUAAUUCUUAUAAUGAAGAAGUUAUAGUUGUUUACUAUGAGGCAAUUCCUGCCCCUAUGUUAACUACAUCCUACAUUCCUGGAUUGGUAGGCUCCUCUUCUGCUUUCUCCACUUACACCUCCUACACCACCGACUCCAAUGGAAGCAGCAGUCCAAUUGAAGUUGUUGUUGUUGAGACUCCAAUGAAGAGUACCAUUACAGCAUACAGUUUAGGGUCGGUCAAUUCACCUUCUACCCUUUCCACAUACAUUUCUUAUGUAACCGACUCGAAUGGUAGCAGUAGUGCGGUUGGUGUUAUUGUUGUUGAGACUCCAAAACCAAAACAAAUUACCUCAUACAUUCCAGGUAUCAUAGGUUCUGCUUCAGCCCAAUCCACAAUCACAUCCUACACCACUGAUUCCAACGGUAGCAGCAGUGAAGUUGACAUUGUUGUUGUUGCUACCCCAGUUGGAAGCACUGUUACUGCAUACACUGAAGGUCUAGUGGGCUCUGCUUCUGCCCUUUCUUCCUACAUUUCUUAUGUAACCGACUCGAAUGGUAGCAGUAGUGCGGUUGGUGUUAUUGUUGUUGAGACUCCAAAACCAAAACAAAUUACCUCAUACAUUCCAGGUAUCAUAGGUUCUGCUUCAGCCCAAUCCACAAUCACAUCCUACACCACUGAUUCCAACGGUAGCAGCAGUGAAGUUGACAUUGUUGUUGUUGCUACCCCAGUUGGAAGCACUGUUACUGCAUACACUGAAGGUCUAGUGGGCUCUGCUUCUGCCCUUUCUUCCUACAUUUCUUAUGUAACCGACUCGAAUGGUAGCAGUAGUGCGGUUGGUGUUAUUGUUGUUGAGACUCCAAAACCAAAACAAAUUACCUCAUACAUUCCAGGUAUCAUAGGUUCUGCUUCAGCCCAAUCCACAAUCACAUCCUACACCACUGAUUCCAACGGUAGCAGCAGUGAAGUUGACAUUGUUGUUGUUGCUACCCCAGUUGGAAGCACUGUUACUGCAUACACUGAAGGUCUAGUGGGCUCUGCUUCUGCCCUUUCUUCAUACAUCUCCUACAUCACUGACUCCAAUGGUAGCACCAAAGCCAUUGGUGUUAUUGUUGUUGAGACUCCAAAACCAAAACAAAUUACCUCAUACAUUCCAGGUAUCAUAGGUUCUGCUUCAGCCCAAUCCACAAUCACAUCCUACACCACUGAUUCCAACGGUAGCAGCAGUGAAGUUGACAUUGUUGUUGUUGCUACCCCAGUUGGAAGCACUGUUACUGCAUACACUGAAGGUCUAGUGGGCUCUGCUUCUGCCCUUUCUUCCUACAUUUCUUAUGUAACCGACUCGAAUGGUAGCAGUAGUGCGGUUGGUGUUAUUGUUGUUGAGACUCCAAAACCAAAACAAAUUACCUCAUACAUUCCAGGUAUCAUAGGUUCUGCUUCAGCCCAAUCCACAAUCACAUCCUACACCACUGAUUCCAACGGUAGCAGCAGUGAAGUUGACAUUGUUGUUGUUGCUACCCCAGUUGGAAGCACUGUUACUGCAUACACUGAAGGUCUAGUGGGCUCUGCUUCUGCCCUUUCUUCCUACAUUUCUUAUGUAACCGACUCGAAUGGUAGCAGUAGUGCGGUUGGUGUUAUUGUUGUUGAGACUCCAAAACCAAAACAAAUUACCUCAUACAUUCCAGGUAUCAUAGGUUCUGCUUCAGCCCAAUCCACAAUCACAUCCUACACCACUGAUUCCAACGGUAGCAGCAGUGAAGUUGACAUUGUUGUUGUUGCUACCCCAGUUGGAAGCACUGUUACUGCAUACACUGAAGGUCUAGUGGGCUCUGCUUCUGCCCUUUCUUCCUACAUUUCUUAUGUAACCGACUCGAAUGGUAGCAGUAGUGCGGUUGGUGUUAUUGUUGUUGAGACUCCAAAACCAAAACAAAUUACCUCAUACAUUCCAGGUAUCAUAGGUUCUGCUUCAGCCCAAUCCACAAUCACAUCCUACACCACUGAUUCCAACGGUAGCAGCAGUGAAGUUGACAUUGUUGUUGUUGCUACCCCAGUUGGAAGCACUGUUACUGCAUACACUGAAGGUCUAGUGGGCUCUGCUUCUGCCCUUUCUUCAUACAUCUCCUACAUCACUGACUCCAAUGGUAGCACCAAAGCCAUUGGUGUUAUUGUUGUUGAGACUCCAAAACCAAAACAAAUUACCUCAUACAUUCCAGGUAUCAUAGGUUCUGCUUCAGCCCAAUCCACAAUCACAUCCUACACCACUGAUUCCAACGGUAGCAGCAGUGAAGUUGACAUUGUUGUUGUUGCUACCCCAGUUGGAAGCACUGUUACUGCAUACACUGAAGGUCUAGUGGGCUCUGCUUCUGCCCUUUCUUCAUACAUCUCCUACAUCACUGACUCGAAUGGUAGCAGUAGUGCGGUUGGUGUUAUUGUUGUUGAGACUCCAAAACCAAAACAAAUUACCUCAUACAUUCCAGGUAUCAUAGGUUCUGCUUCAGCCCAAUCCACAAUCACAUCCUACACCACUGAUUCCAACGGUAGCAGCAGUGAAGUUGACAUUGUUGUUGUUGCUACCCCAGUUGGAAGCACUGUUACUGCAUACACUGAAGGUCUAGUGGGCUCUGCUUCUGCCCUUUCUUCCUACAUUUCUUAUGUAACCGACUCGAAUGGUAGCAGUAGUGCGGUUGGUGUUAUUGUUGUUGAGACUCCAAAACCAAAACAAAUUACCUCAUACAUUCCAGGUAUCAUAGGUUCUGCUUCAGCCCAAUCCACAAUCACAUCCUACACCACUGAUUCCAACGGUAGCAGCAGUGAAGUUGACAUUGUUGUUGUUGCUACCCCAGUUGGAAGCACUGUUACUGCAUACACUGAAGGUCUAGUGGGCUCUGCUUCUGCCCUUUCUUCCUACAUUUCUUAUGUAACCGACUCGAAUGGUAGCACCAAAGCCAUUGGUGUUAUUGUUGUUGAGACUCCAAAACCAAAACAAAUUACCUCAUACAUUCCAGGUAUCAUAGGUUCUGCUUCAGCCCAAUCCACAAUCACAUCCUACACCACUGAUUCCAACGGUAGCAGCAGUGAAGUUGACAUUGUUGUUGUUGCUACCCCAGUUGGAAGCACUGUUACUGCAUACACUGAAGGUCUAGUAGGAUCUGCUUCUGCCCUUUCUUCAUACAUCUCCUACGUCACUGACUCGAAUGGUAGCAGUAGUGCAGUUGGUGUUAUUGUUGUCGAGACUCCAGCUGUCAGCCAAAUCACCUCAUACAUCCCAGGUUUGGUUACUUCUGCAUCUCCUCUUUCUACAUCUACUUCCUACACCACUAACUCUGAUGGAAGCAGUAGUCCAAUCGACAUUGUUAUUGUGGCUACUCCAAGUAUAGCUCCUUCAAGUCUAGGAUAUCAUUACUGGAAUUCUUCAUCAACAUCUACAGCAUUCUCAUAUUCUGGAAUGGCAGAAUCUUCAAAAGAAAACACUGCAGCUACAAGAAACACAGAGACUGCAGGAAGCAAUAAUUGGAAUACUAAUAAGGCUGAGCCAUCAUUGUCAUUAUCACCUUCUGGAAUGGCAGAGUCUUCAAAAGAAAACACUGCAGCUACAAGAAACACAGAGACUACAGGUGGCAAUAAUUGGAGCACUAUGAAGAUUGGAUCAUCGUCCAGAACAAACGGGGUUGAAACUGAAGCAGGUUCGUUGGCUGGAACUACAGUAAAUCCUCUACAGGUUGCUGUAACUCAAGAACCAUUACACGUAUCUUCCCAAACCGCAAAGCCAAGUGGCAGAUCAAGUGCGGUAACAUUGUCACAGUAUGAAGCUUCUGCUCCUACCACUGCAGCUAAAUGGUCAAGCUUUGCAUUGGCACUCUUCUCUUUGCUUCCAUUCAUAUUUUAG